GUGACUCAGAAUGGUAAAGAAAGCAUGGAAGACGUGUCUGAAGACACAGGAACGGGCACCACAGAGAAGUCUGACGAGAAUUCCAUGAGCCAGCCAUCAACAGCCAACUCCACGCCGCUCAUGAAGUCCGGUUCCGAUAUGGAGUCGCCGAUUUUGCUGGCAUUGGAUUCCGGAAGUGGUCCAAAAUCAAGACAUCCCAGAAGAGGCUCUUCAAGUAGUAUCAAUAUGGACGAUCUCUCUUUCUUCGAUCUGCUAAACCCCCAAAUUUUGUCAACAGAGAUCAAAAAGCAUCCAACCUACCAGCGGGUCAAAAAUUACUCCUCCGAGUCUAUCAAGAGGUUCAACAAAAAGAAAAUCAAAUUCAACAUCAGCAACGAUGACAUGAAGCAUCUUAAGCUGGUGCUCAAUGACAGACUUGACAAGCUGUAUGUUGGAAUUGACAAGACUAUCACCGCGUCCAAAACGGAGAAAUUGUACUAUGCGAGCUCCGUGUAUCUAAUAUUUUUUCUUGGUCUUGUCAUUGGAAAGCAUCCGGAAUGGUUCCAUGUCGUGUACACAGUGCUUUUUGCUGUUUUGAUGCCCAUCAGAUUCAUCACCUACUAUAAAAUGAAUUGGAACUAUUAUCUGGCAGACCUGUGCUACUUUGCCAACGGGCUGCUUAUGGUGUUUUUAUGGGCUCUCCCAAGUUCAAAAAUAUUGUACGUGACCUGUUUGAGCUUCUCUUACGGUACGCUUUCGUUCGCUGUGAUAACUUGGAAAAACAAGCUGGUUCUACAUUCCAUCGAUAAAACAACCUCCACUUUCAUUCAUGUCAUUCCUCCUGCUGUGAUGUACGUGAUAACACACCAACUGCCGGUGGAGUAUCGCCAAACACGGUUCCCAGGAUCCAUGAAGCUGCAGAACUGGGAAAUCUGGAACGGGAUCUUGUACACAUCGCUGAUGUAUUUUGUGUGGCAGUCCCUGUAUCACUAUUUUAUUACCGUCAAGCGCGCUGAAAAGAUCAAGAACGGAAAGGUGACGUCGUUUGUGCAUCUGCGAAAAGCGUUUGCUAAAAAGCCAAUAGGGAAAUUCGUCAACUCGCUCCCAGAACCAUUCCCUGUUUUUGCCUUCAUGGCAAUCCAAUACCUAUACCAGCUAGGAACCAUGACAGUUUGUCCCCUAGUAUUCAAAUACAAAUACGUUGCGUCCAUUUACCUCUCUUUCAUAUUCUUCAUGGCGAGCUAUAACGGUGCCACAUACUAUAUUGACUUCUACGGGAAGAAGCUUCAGCGAGAGGUUGAGCGUCUCCAGAAAGAGAUUAAUGAACUUCAGUCCAAGGCUCGUGAGCACGAGACAGACGGUCCGUCUCCAGCGACAAUGACAAGCUCUGCCUAAGGGAGCCUUUUUGCACAGCCGUGAGACAAACAAAU